GUCUGAAUUUGAAGUACGAAAACUGUAGGCUGUGAUACAGCGGCACCCCCCAAGUUUGAAUUUCCGGGACGGCAAAAUAGGGUCAAGCAAUGCGCAAGCAAUAGAACCUUCUCUUUGAACAAACUCGUAUAUACGAAAUGGCUAAGCGCACUAAGAAGGUCGGAAUUACCGGUAAAUACGGAACCCGUUAUGGUGCUUCUCUCAGAAAGACCGUCAAGAAGAUGGAAAUCACCCAACAUAGUAAGUACACAUGUACUUUCUGUGGUAAGGAUGCCGUCAAGCGUACCGCUGUUGGUAUCUGGAAGUGUAAGGGUUGUAAGAAGACCAUGGCUGGUGGUGCAUACACCGUCUCUACCACUGCUGCUGCCACUGUUCGCUCUACUGUCCGUCGUCUCCGUGAGCUUGCUGAGAUCUAAAGAAAUCAUUGUUCCCUUAUUUCAUCACUAGAUUCCAAUAAAACUCAACUCACUCGUCUAAUACAAGACAGAUACACUUUAUUUAAAUUUACAUAUAGCA